CGCCGCCGCCCUUCGCGCCCUGGGCCAUCUCCCUCCCACCUCCCUCCGCGGAUCAGCCAGACAGCGAGGGCCCCGGCCGGGGGCAGGGGGGACGCCCCGUCCGGGGCACCCCCCCGGCUCUGAGCCGCCCGCGGGGCCGGCCACGGCCCGGAGCGGAGGAAGGAGUCGCCGAGGAGCAGCCUGAGGCCCCAGAGUCUGAGACGAGCCGCCGCCGCCCCCGCCACUGCGGGGAGGAGGGGGAGGAGGAGCGGGAGGAGGGACGAGCCGGUCGGGAGAAGAGGAAAAAAACUUUUGAGACUUUUCCGUUGCCGCUGGGAGCCGGAGGCGCGGGGACCUCUUGGCGCGACGCUGCCCCGCGAGGAGGCAGGACUUGGGGACCCCGGACCUCUUCCCUUUGCCGCCGGGGACGCUUGCUCCCUCCCUGCCCCCUACACGGCGUCCCUCAGGCGCCCCCAUUCCGGACCAGCCCUCGGGAGUCGCCGACCCGGCCUCCCGUAAAGACUUUUCCUCAGACCUCGGGCGCACCCCCUGCACGCCGCCUUCAUCCCCGGCCCGUCUCCUGAGCCCCCGCGCAUCCUAGACCCUUUCUCCUCCAGGAGACGGAUCUCUCUCCGACCUGCCACAGAUCCCCUACUCAAGACCACCCACCUUCUGGUACCAGAUCGCGCCCAUCUAGGUUAUUUCCGUGGGAUACUGAGACACCCCCGGUCCAAGCCUCCCCUCCACCACUGCGCCCUUCUCCCUGAGGACCUCAACUUUCCCUCGAGGCCCUCCUACCUUUUCCCGGGAGACCCUCAGCCCCUGCAGGGGCGGGGCCUCCCCACCACACCAGCCCUGUUUGCGCUCUCGGCAGUGCCGGGGGGCGCCGCCUCCCCCAUGCCGCCCUCCGGGCUGCGGCUGCUGCCGCUGCUGCUACCGCUGCUGUGGCUACUGGUGCUGACGCUUGGCCGGCCGGCCGCGGGACUAUCCACCUGCAAGACUAUCGACAUGGAGCUGGUGAAGCGGAAGCGCAUCGAGGCCAUCCGCGGCCAGAUCCUGUCCAAGCUGCGGCUCGCCAGCCCCCCGAGCCAGGGGGAGGUGCCGCCCGGCCCGCUGCCCGAGGCCGUGCUCGCCCUGUACAACAGCACCCGCGACCGGGUGGCCGGGGAGAGUGCAGAGCCGGAGCCCGAGCCUGAGGCCGACUACUACGCCAAGGAGGUCACCCGCGUGCUAAUGGUGGAAACCCACAACGAAAUCUAUGACAAGUUCAAGCAGAGUACACACAGCAUAUAUAUGUUCUUCAACACAUCAGAGCUCCGAGAAGCAGUACCUGAACCCGUGUUGCUCUCCCGGGCAGAGCUGCGUCUGCUGAGGCUCAAGUUAAAAGUGGAGCAGCACGUGGAGCUAUACCAGAAAUACAGCAACAAUUCCUGGCGAUACCUCAGCAACCAGCUGCUGGCACCCAGCGACUCGCCAGAGUGGUUGUCUUUUGAUGUCACCGGAGUUGUGCGGCAGUGGUUGAGCCACGGAGGGGAAAUUGAGGGCUUUCGCCUUAGUGCCCACUGCUCCUGUGACAGCAAAGAUAACACACUGCAAGUGGACAUCAACGGGUUCACUACCGGCCGCCGAGGUGACCUGGCCACCAUUCACGGCAUGAACCGGCCUUUCCUGCUUCUCAUGGCCACCCCGCUGGAGAGGGCCCAGCAUCUGCAAAGCUCCCGGCACCGCCGAGCCCUGGACACCAACUACUGCUUCAGCUCCACAGAGAAGAACUGCUGUGUGCGGCAGCUGUACAUUGACUUCCGCAAGGACCUCGGCUGGAAGUGGAUCCAUGAGCCCAAGGGCUACCAUGCCAACUUCUGCCUUGGGCCCUGCCCCUAUAUUUGGAGCCUGGACACGCAGUACAGCAAGGUCCUGGCCCUGUACAACCAGCAUAACCCGGGCGCCUCGGCGGCGCCGUGCUGCGUGCCGCAGGCGCUGGAGCCGCUGCCCAUCGUGUACUACGUGGGCCGCAAGCCCAAGGUGGAGCAGCUGUCCAACAUGAUCGUGCGCUCCUGCAAGUGCAGCUGAGGUCCCGCCCCGCCCCGCCCCGGCAGGCCCGGCCCCACCCCGCCCCGCCCCGCCCCCGCUGCCUUGCCCAUGGGGGCUGUAUUUAAGGACACCCGUGCCCCAAGCCCACCUGGGGCCCCAUUAAAGAUGGAGAGAGGACUGUG